ACUCGUAGCAGCGACCAUGUCACGUAGUCGCGCCGCAGUCACUUGCCCAUCAACACCACGACAAUGCUGCUAAACCCGCUCCACCUCCUCGCCCCUCCCGCCCUCAUCGCCCUCUCUAUCCCGCUCGUCCUCCUCGCAACUCUCACAACCACCCUCGCCCUCCUCACCCUCCUCGUGCGCGUCUCGCUCGUCUACCUCGAGCUCGGCCUCGCCCUCAUCCACAGCUGGCUAUCCAAGUCGGCCACACCAACAAAGACAGCAGCAGCCGCCUCGGCGCGCCGCGGAACUGGAAGCAGCCCGCAGCGCCAUCACCGCCAGCACCACCAGCACCACCCCCCCGUCAAAGCCGACAGCUUCGUCUCGCUCGCCCACGCCACCAGCGCCGCCGCCGCCCGCGACCGCGACUUCGAGGGCCUGGGCGGCUGGCGCGACACCAGCCUCGACAGCCACGACGAGGCCUCCUGGGUUAGCAUGAACGCGCGCCUCGAGCUGCCCAUCGCCUCGGGCCUGCCGACGACGACGGUGCAGCCACAACCGCAGUCGCAGCGAAGACACCAUCGGCGCUCGCUCACGGGCCCGCGGUCCGGCAGCCAGCAGCGCUGGAGUGGCCCGCUGGUUGCGGCGACGUGGAGCGCGAGCCCCGAGGCGAUGCGCAUGAGCGCCGCGCGCGCGCCUACUGCUGCUGGUGUUGCUGGGGAUGGCGCUGCGAGGUCCGGCAGCCCGGACGAGUAUUUCACCAUGCAGACGUAUCGGCGCGUGGGCGGGGGGUUGGAGGCGCUGGGCGCAGGCGGGGCGCAGUCGUCGCGGCGGAGGAGCGAGGGCGGCUCGGUUUGUAGCAGUAGCAGCAGCAGUAGCAGCUCCGGCUCGAGCACGGCAUCGUCGGGGCGGACGGGGCUGAUGGCCGUGAGGAGCGGCACGUAGCGGUACUGCUGCGCGGGGCUGGCCGACUGUGACCACCUACCUAUAUUUUCUUGCGGCUUGCUUGUCUUGCGUGGGUUGGUAUCGUAGACUGCAAAGCGAGGUUAUACUGUGAAAGCCAUUCUGCGUGAAAUGACCUUGGAACCAAC